AUGUCACUUUCGCUCUUCCGACGACCGGCCGUCAAUUUAUCCCGACUGCUAUUUUCAACUUCAAGCCACUGUUCCCCGGUGCAUUGCAUGAUGGAAAAACACGGCGUCGUUCCCGACGUCGUCGACGUGGCCCCCUCGACCGUUCUCGAGGUCUCCUACCCCACCGGCGUCCAGCCCGAUCUCGGCAACAUCCUCACCCCGACCCAGGUCAAAGAUCCCCCCGCGUUGAAGUGGCCGGCCGAAGACGAGGCCCUCUACACCGUCUGCAUGACCGAUCCGGACGCUCCGAGUCGCGAGGACCCCAAAUUCCGCGAGUGGCACCACUGGUUGGUGGGGAACGUUCCCGGCAACGACAUCGCCAAAGGCGAAGUGCUGUCCGAGUACGUGGGCUCGGGCCCCCCGAAGGGCACCGGUCUGCACAGGUACGUGUUUUUGGUGUACAAACAGCCGGACAGGAUUCAGUUCGACGAGAAGAAAUUGACGAAUCGAUCGGGCGACGGUCGUGGGAAGUUUUCGAUUAGGAAAUUCGCGGUGAAAUACAAUUUGGGACAACCGGUGGCCGGGAAUUUGUACCAGGCGGAGUUCGACGAUUACGUGCCGUUGUUGUACAAGCAGUUGGGCGGUUAA